UGUGUGUGUGUCUGUGAAUUCAGGCUUUGUUCCACCCCUUUGGAGGAAGAGCGGAAGAGCUGGGGCUUGUUGUGAAGUUGUGGUGGAGCAGGGGCGGAGCGGAGCUGGCUGCUUCUUUGCUCCAGCUGCGGGCUGAGCAGAGGCGACGAUUGUCGUGAGUGUAGCAGCUAGCGCUAGCUGUUCAUUCAAAGGGUGACGCUGCCCCGGCCGCUGCUCGAUCACAAUCCCCGGGCGCUGUGACGAGACGGCGCCAGCUCCUCCCGGCUCAGCUUGGUGCGAGAGGCGGCCCCGGGGCUGCUUUGGCCAGCGAGCGGGAUGGGGUCCGAGGAGCGCAGCCUGGGGGAGAAACUACUGCAGGAGACCGAGAUCGAGCCCGAGCCAGAGCCAGAGGGAUCAGUGCGAGUCCUGCAGAAGGGCAAUUGUCAAGGGCUGCCAUUUAUCCAGAAGCUUUGCUUUGCCAUGGGAGGUGCUCCGUACCAAAUGACAGGAAACGCCAUUGGGUUCUUCCUCCAGAUCUUCCUGCUGGAUGUGGUUCAGAUGGAGGCUUUCUAUGCCUCUCUUAUUUUAUUCAUUGGUCGAGUGUGGGAUGCAUUCACAGAUCCAGCUGUUGGAUUCCUCGUCAGCAAAAGCAGGAGAACAAGAUUUGGCAAGUUGCUCCCAUGGAUUCUGUUCUCCAUGCCGUUUGGAGUUGUCUCUUACUUCCUAUUGUGGUUCAGUCCUUCUUACACGAUGUCGCAGGAAUACAGCUUCCUCUGGUAUCUUAUGACCUACUGUGCAUUUCAUACCUGCAUGAGUUGUUUCCACGUCCCCUACUCUGCAUUGACCAUGUUUCUAGGCGGUGAUCAACGAGACCGAGAUUCUGCAACAGCAUACAGAAUGGGAGUUGAGGUUGUCGCCACGCUGGCUGGAGCUGCUAUUCAGGGCCAGAUCGUGGGAGCAUACCAUACACAAACUAUGGAAACCUGUCAGAUGAUCCAGAAUGUGACAGCACUCAACACUACCACUGCACUAGUGAACAGCCUCAAUAACACGAAAUGGGCCUACAUGCUGGCAGCAAUAGUGAUUAGCAGCCUUUACUUCCUCUGUGCAUUGAUUCUAUUAUUUGGAGUUAAGGAACGCGCAGGUUGCUUUACUCCCAAAGACCAUUUCCAUGUGUCGUACCUGACGGGUCUGAAGCUGGUGAUGAGUCACAAACCAUACCUGAGUCUAACCUUUGGCUUUCUAUUCAUCUCCUUGGCUUUUCAGCUCGUCCAGAAUAACUUUGCCCUGUUUUGCACGCAUGCUGCUGGGCUGGGCAAUCACUUCCAGCACAUCAUCUUUGUCAUCUUGAUCUCUGCAACAAUCAUGGUUCCGUUCUGGCAGUGGGUCCUGGUGAAGUUUGGAAAGAAAUUUGCUCUCUUUGUGGGACUGAUUUGGUACAUCCCUCCAUUGAUCACCAUAGUCACGGUGAACGGUAACUUGCCAGUGAUUAUCAUCAUGGCCAUCGCUACUGGGGCCAGCCUUGCCGUUGCCUUCCUGUUGCCAUGGUCAAUGCUUCCAGAUGUUGUGGAUGAUUUUCGAGCAAAGAAUCCUCGCUGCUUAGACCUGGAGCCCUUGUUCUACUCCUUCUAUGUAUUCUUCACUAAAUUCGCUGCCGGAACCUCCCUGGGCUUUUCAACCUUGUGUUUGCACUUUUCAGGUUACAGACCGGGAACCUGCGAACAUAUCCCAGCCGUGGCAACGACCCUGAAGGUGUUGGUGGCGCCCGUCCCAAUAAUGAUGGUGCUGAUCGGAUUGACGAUAUUUUAUUUUUAUCCGAUAAACGAGACACGGAGAAGAGAAUUAAAGAUGGAGCUUGAAGGAGUUGUAAAAAGCUGGGAAGUGGAACUCGAAGAGAACACACUAUGAAACCAAAAAAUGCACCAAAUCCUUUGUAAGAUCUGUGACUCGUGUGGAUUCUGGCUUCAGGUUGAAGAUUGAGAUGCCGAAUUCUUGUAAUACAGAUGUGAGGACAAGUGGUCAUCAAAGAGCCGUUCCUCCCGUAAAGAACCAAACCAGACUCGUCACCGAGCUGCCACAGAGAGACAUGGAGACCGAACCAAGCCUUACCUCGUCACCCACCAUGGCCAAAACAACAUGACACCAAAAUAAAGAACAUUUGUUUUUGUUUAAAAAUUUUUUUUUUUUUUUUUUUUAAAUAAAACCUGUUUUUCUAGUAUAUGUCAAACCAUGCGCUAACUCAGUCUUGGCUUGCAGGAAACGUUUAAUAACAAUUCCUCGUUCUGCAAGCAGAGCACAAAGCGCUGCAGGAACUCAGCAGGCUAGGCCAGGUCUGCGUCUGUGGAGGGAAUAGGCAGACAGAAGGAACCUUCUUCAGACUUGAAGUGUCUUGACCUGAAACAUCUGUCCAUUCCCUCCAGAGAUGCUGCCUGACCCUCCGACAAUUUGUGUUUGCUCAAGAUUCCAGCAUCUGCAGUUCACUGUAUCCACAGCACUUUGAAUGGAGAUGUGGGAGCUAAGGUCAUCUCUCAAGCCUCUGACACUUUUUGCCUUCCAUCUGCUACGUCUGGGAGCUAUUGAUAAGGGAGAGAGUAGAAAAUGUACUGCCAUUAAAUGCUGCCGAUAUUUUUAUUUCUCAUUUAGAAAAGCAGAAUUUAAAUAUACAACCUCGGUUAAACAGAUGCGUGGGUGCAAUAAAUGAAUUGAACCACAGGAGAAAACAAGAGAAAAGAUCUAAUUAUAACUGAAUUGUGCUUUUAUAAAUCCACAGUAAAGAGAGAUAUUCAUCAUUACGUGUGAAUUUCUCCACUCAUGUAAAUGUAGGAAAAUAAUGUAUUGUAAUAUUGCAGCUAACGUGAAUACAAAUAUAUCAAAAGCACUUAAUGCAACAACUGCUGGCCCAAACAUUGCUCAGCAAUCUCUUUAAUACUA